GUCGAAUGCCCACGUCCUCCCUUCCUCCUACCCUUCUUCCUCUUAUGCGUCUUCUUCCUCCUAUGCGUCUUCUUCCUCUUAUGCGUCUUCAAGUUAUCUUCCUACCGACCAUCAUCAGUAUCAUUCGUAUGUGGCAAGGCCCUCCAGUGCUCAAUUGUCAACACCUGGGUCGUCUGAAGUCAUGCUUUCGCCGUACAGCACGGGUUCUAUCCCACUCUCUUCGCCUGGUGGCUCGCCGCCAGUUGACCAAGCCCCAUAUCAUUCUUCGGGUGGGGAAGAAGAGUCGUUGCUGCUGUCUCGUGUACCAAUAACCAACAAUCCAACAGAAAUACAGGAUAACUCAGGUCAAUACACUCAUCGAGAUCAAGCGCUAGACUUCAGGAAUGCGCUCAACUUACCUAGCGCAUCGGUUGCAUACCCUUUCAUACCUCAGCCCAUGUAUAAACCGCAUACCAUAUCGGAUCAAAGGCGCUACGUCAACGAGGUAGAACUCGAUAGACCUAUUUACUUCUGGAUGGAAAAUCCCAGUGAAUGUGGCAUCUCGCUUUCCGAUGCCCUUCAUUCUCGCGUGAGACGACUGUUAGAUAGAGAGCAGACUGUAUUCGAAGGCAGAGGACCUAGUGUUUCCAUUCGACUGGAGUGGCCAGGUUAUCGCCAAUGGAGUCGUCAAAUUCCUACAAAAGAUUUUCGAACUCCCCCUGGACCGAUAACCAAGGCGAAGCUUGCUAAGAACGUUGCAAAAUGUGUACAAAGAUUUAUAUCUGAGCGCCAAAAUCAAGCGUUAGAAGAUGAGUCCGACUCUCGCUGGCGGGUUGGUUUAAGCGGGACUGGGGAAGACUUUAUCAAGCUUGAAGAUCUUAUUUUGGUCAGCAUGCACCAUGUAUCCAUGGGUUCUUGGCAGCCACAACUGAGGCUUUCUCGACCCCUCCCAAUGUAAGAUUUA